GACAAAUCAUAUUGUAACCGCUUUGCACUCUUAUGAAAUGGCCAAGGUUAUUCCAAAAUCAAAACGUGAGAAGAACUGCGUGACCAUGGAGCUUUGGUACCUGGCACUGAUGCUUGUAGCUGCUUGUGUCCAUGUUCACGCGGAGACUGGGGAUGAUUCCUCCUGCUCUUAUGAGGAUGCCGGCGAAUGGUCCGCGUGUUAUCCAAGAACUAAACAGCAGACCAUGGCCCAGUUUCUAGUUGAUGGAGAAGACUCCUGUCCACAGACGAAAACCAUAACCAAACCAUGCACACCUGAAGAAGAUCCUGUAGUGGAUUCCUCCUGCUCUUAUGAGGAUGCCGGCGAAUGGUCCGCGUGUUAUCCAAGAACUAAACAGCAGACCAUGGCCCAGUUUUUGGUUGAUGGAGAAGACUCCUGUCCACAGACGAAAACUAUAACCAAACCAUGCACACCAGAAGAGACUGACGCAACAUCAGAAGAGGAACCAAAUGAAGAUGAUGAAAAUGCUAGUAGUGAUGAAGAUGAUGAAGAUCCAGGAGAGUAUAGUGGGGCAAGAGGCAGGAAGCACAAACGGGGGUAUGGACGUGGACAUGCCAGGACUGAUGUUGAUGAUGAAGAUGAUGAAGAACCUAGAGAGCACAGAGGGACAAGACGGCGAGGAAUGAAUGUGAUCAUGAUGAGGACUGCACAUGCUCAGAGAGUGCAAGGGGGCCAUGAACGUAAGGUACAUGGACAUCGGAUACAGGACGGAGGUCACUGGCAUAAGCGACCGGAAGGCCAUGGACAAUGGGGACUAGGAAGACGUCAACAUAACAUGCAAGCAAAGACCUUUUUGAUCACACCUCAUCGCGUAGCAAGGAAACACUCAGUUGUAGAAGGCAGGGAGAAACAAGAACGACGACAACGAACGCAUCAUCGGAGCAAUAUCUUCGCACAACUUAGACAGAGAUAUCGCGGACAACAUGGCAGCCAUCGAUAUAGUGGUGGUGGAUUUCGUAAACGCUAUGUAGGACGUUGAGACAUGUCGACACCCCACAUGCUAAUCUUUCACGACCUUGCACCUGCAGAUACAGUCACUUUGAACCAAUAACCAAUCACUCACCAGAGAAAAUUACAUGAAUAGAUUAUAGGUAAAUAUAAUUUUAAUUCCAAGAAAUUUACAUUUGAAAUGAAAAGUUGUCAUUAGUAAGAAGAAUUCGUUAUGUAAUCAUUGAAGCCAAUGCAAUGAGGGUCAUGUGGACGGCUAAGCAAUAAUAAAGUCAAGAGUCGGCACAGA